AUGGCUGCCAUUUCGUCCUCCGACUGCAAGCCCUCUUCCUCUAGACCUGGAUGGUCCUAUGAUGUCUUUCUAAGUUUUAGAGGAGAAGAUACUCGCAAGAAUUUUACUGAUCAUCUCUAUACUGCCUUAAUCCAAGCAGGAAUUCAUACUUUUAGAGAUGAUGAUGAACUCCCUAGAGGAGAAGAAAUCGGCCCACAACUACUCAAGGCUAUUGAGGAUUCAAGGAUCUCUAUAUUGGUCUUUUCCAAAGACUAUGCUUCCUCUAGAUGGUGCCUUGACGAGCUUGUAAAGAUUCUUGAGUGCAAACGUACUAUGGGCCAGCUUGUUCUUCCUAUAUUCUAUGAUAUAGAUCCAUCAGAUGUUCGAAAACAGAAAGGAAGUUUUGCAAAAGCUUUUGAUAGACAUGAAGACAUAUUCUCGAAGGAAAAGGUGAACAAAUGGAGAGAAGCUCUUUUGCUGGCUGGAAAUCUAUCUGGAUGGGAUAUCAGAAGUUUGGCAAAUGGGUACAUAUCUCCAAAUUUCUUAUUCCAGAUACAGUUAUAUGUUUAA